UAAAUAAAUCUUUUCGUUUUACAAUUUUACCAGCUGUUGACUCUUCUAUUUGUUCACCUGCUUGACUUUCUCUACCUCUGGCUCCUUUAAUUUGUUUUUGUAGAAUUACUGAGGGGAUUUUCAUAAAUUGAUCGAUCAGCAAUACUCAGGAUCUGGGCUUUCAUCAAUUUCGGGUGGGUUAAAUAAAGAGCUGAUUUUUAUAAGUUUAAGUUUGAUUUGGUUGAUUCAGUUUGUUGAUCUGAUCGAAGGAGAAUUGAGUCACAGUGAAGAAAGAUGAGGGAGAAGUUUGGAAUUUGGGCUUGUGUCUGGUUUGUACUGGUUGUGUCUUGUUUGGGAAGAUUCGUAGUGGAGAAGAAUAGUUUGAAGGUGACGUCACCGGACUCACUGAAAGAUGUUUAUGAAUGUGCAAUUGGGAAUUUUGGUGUACCUGACUAUGGAGGAUCAAUGGCUGGGUCUGUGUUCUACCCUAAAUCGAAUGAAAAGGCAUGCAAGAAUUUCCAGGAUUUUGAUAUUGCCUUGAAGACUAAGCCUGGAGGCCUUCCAAUCUUCCUUCUUGCUGACAGAGGGGAAUGCUUUUUUACAUUAAAGGCGUGGAAUGCUCAGAAUGCUGGAGCAGCAGCUAUUCUUGUGGCAGAUGACAGGGUUGAGCCUCUUAUCACCAUGGACACCCCCGAAGAAGAAGAUGCACGUGCCGAUUAUCUGCAGAACAUUACUAUUCCAUCAGCACUCAUCAGCAAAGAUCUCGGUGACAAAAUAAAGAAAGAAUUAUCCAAAGGAGAAAUGGUCAACAUAAACCUUGACUGGAGGGAGGCUCUUCCACAUCCUGACGAGCGAGUCGAGUACGAGUUCUGGACAAACAGUAAUGAUGAGUGUGGUCCCAAGUGUGUGAGUCAGUUAGAUUUUGUUAAAAGUUUCAAGGGAGCUGCUCAGAUUCUUGAACAGAAAGGGUACACUCAGUUCAGUCCGCAUUAUAUAACAUGGUAUUGCCCUGAGGCUUUUAUAUUGAGUAAACAGUGCAAGUCACAGUGCAUCAACCAUGGGAGGUAUUGUGCACCGGAUCCUGAGCAAGAUUUCAGCAGAGGAUAUGAUGGGAAGGAUGUUGUGGUGCAAAAUCUACGUCAAGCUUGCUUCUUUAAGGUCGCUAAUGAAAGCGGAAAACCAUGGCAGUGGUGGGACUAUGUUACCGAUUUCUCAAUUCGCUGUCCAAUGAAAGAGAAGAAGUAUACCAAAGAGUGUGCAGAUGAAGUAAUUAAGUCACUUGGAGUUGAUAUUAAGAAAAUCGAUGAAUGCAUUGGAGACACCGAGGCAGAUGUUGAAAACCCGAUUCUAAAAGCAGAACAGGAAGCACAGAUAGGAAAGGGCUCACGAGGAGAUGUUACUAUCUUGCCAACUCUCGUUGUGAACAACAGACAAUAUAGAGGUAAGCUGGAUAAGGGAGCAGUUUUGAAGGCCAUUUGUUCAGGUUUUGAGGAGACUACAGAACCCACCAUUUGUUUAACUACAGAUAUGGAAACAAACGAGUGUAUGAAUAACAAUGGUGGAUGCUGGCAGGAUAAGGCUUCUAAUAUUACUGCUUGCAGGGACACCUUUAGGGGUAGGGUUUGUGAGUGCCCUAUUGUGCAGGGCGUGAAAUUCAAUGGUGAUGGUUAUACUCAUUGUGAAGCUUCUGGAGCAUUGAGAUGUGAAAUAAACAAUGGAGGCUGUUGGAAGGGAACACAGGGUGGAAGGACAUAUUCUGCUUGCAUUGAUGACCAUACAAAAGGUUGCAAGUGUCCAGCUGGGUUCAAGGGUGACGGAACUAAUAGUUGUGAAGAUAUCGAUGAAUGCAAGGAGAAAACGGCUUGUCAGUGUUCAGAUUGCAAAUGUAAGAACACAUGGGGAAGUUACGAAUGCAGCUGUGGCGGCAACUCACUGUACAUACAUGAACACGAUACAUGUAUCAGUAAAGACUCGAAUACAGAAUAUAGCUGGAGCUUUGUGUGGGUUGUGAUUCUCGGUUUGGCUGUGUCAGGGGUUGCAGGUUACGCUCUGUACAAGUAUAGAAUCAGGAGAUAUAUGGACUCGGAGAUCAGGGCUAUCAUGGCACAGUACAUGCCAUUGGACAAUCAAGGAGAGGUACCCGAUCACAUGUCUCAUGGGCGUGUUUGAAGAUACGAAAAACGAGGGAUAUGUUAUGUGUUAACUAUAGGCAUCACCUGCAGCAUUUUAUUUAGUUAGUUGAGUGAUGUUUGCCUACAAAAAACUUGAAAAGUUGUUUCUACAGGGUAAUUAUGUCAAUUUAUGUACAUUUGGAGUUCGGCUUCUCUUUAUAAACUCCCGUUAUUUUGGGAAAUUUUCCAUGGAUGAUAUUUUUUUAUCCAUUAGUGCGGUUUUAUCAUUCGUUUGAUUA